AUGAUGCACUGGGCCAAAAAGCAAAUGGCUAAUGUUGCCGGUACAGCAGAGCCAAUUUAUGGACCUUCCGCCAUAAUACCAGUUAGCAAGCAAGCAGAGACCACACCAUACACGGAACUUUCGAGAGAAGAUAUGAAAUGGGUUGCUAUGGAUUCAACGAGCGUAGAGACGCAGACUUUCUAUUUAAUGGCCAAUAGCGGUCACAUUGCUAUGGCACAAAUUAUACACAUAAGUGGCGUACGGACAACGACCCAGUUCAACUGCAAAAUCUUCUAUCCGAUAGGCAGUUCGAAGCCUAAUUUAUGGCAUUCCGAUCAACUCAGUAAUGUAGAGUUCAGCGAUGAUAAAACCUGCUUUUAUGCGGACGAUGUUGCUAUUGAUCUUUCUGAAGAUGGCACAGAAUAUACUAUCAAAUCUCUGACGAAUGAAGCUUCCAUCGUUAACCUUACCGUAACUCGAGUUGCUCCAGGUUUCCAUGUCGGAAAAGAUGGCAAAUCAUAUUAUGGCACAGAUCCAAAGGCUCCCUGGGGUUCGAUGAGACAUGCAUUUUGGCCACGUACUGUCUCCAAAGGAUCCAUCACAACCAAAGAUGGAUCAAUAGACUUCAAGGGCAAAGCUUUGUUUAUACAUGCGCUCCAAGGAAUGAAACCUCAUCAUGCUGCUGCGAAAUGGAAUUUCGUCAACUACCAAGGUCCACAAUUUUCGGCCAUAAUGAUGGAAUACACGACACCUCCAGCAUAUGGUUCUACAGUUGUUAGCGUCGGUGGUAUAGUCAAGGAUGGUGAAAUAAUAUGUGCUGGAGCGGAAAAUACUGCAAAGCACACCAAGAUCAGGAAUGAUCAGGAUGCUGGCUGGCCCGAACCAGAGGCUGUUAAAUUCGACUGGGAUGGGAAGACAAAAGAUGGCAAGACCGUUUCCGGUUUGAUCGAAGCCGACCUCGAGGAGAGACUCGACAAAGUCGAUGUUAUGGCCGAGGUACCUGCCUUUGUGAAGAAAAUCGUGGGUAAUGUUGCUGGAACCAGACCAUACAUAUAUCAGUACUGCCCGCGUAGCAAGCCAACCACUUUGACAUUGAAGAUUGGCGACGAAGAAAUUACAGAGGAGGGAAUUCUCUACACAGAGGCAACGUUUAUUUCCGAAUGA